CCUUUCCGAAAAAGCAAUGGCCACCAUUGUGAACCGUAACCGUUACCCCGACCAGAGCAUUUACACCGUCAACAUUGACGGAGCCAAUAUCACCGUGACAGUUACAUCCUCCACCUCGAUCUUCGAAAAGUGGAUCUCAACCGCGCUUCUCCUCCGACGAGAUUAUUAUCCCUAUGCAAAAUUCAUCAUCGGCUUCGCCAUCGAUCGUGAGGUAAACACAUUGCAAUUCUGCCUCUAUAACAGUUGCCUAAUUUUCCAAAUCGGUCAGGCAGGUUCCGUAUCGCAAAUGAUCCGUGAUUUCAUGAAGGAUUAUCACAUUGGAUUCCCAGGGAUGAAUAACCUAUGGUAUAGGCGGACAUUGAUGUCGAAAUAUGCAAUAGAACUGAAAAUAGAUCCUGCUGAUCUUGCGCUUUGGUACGCGAGAGGAAAGCAUGGUCAUUUUUCGUUAAACGAAAUUGUUUUAAAUAUGUUAGGAAUCAAAGUGAAUCAGAGAGAAGAGAUAAGAAUGAGUGAUUGGAGUGGAGAGAAUCUUAGCGAUGAACAAAUUAUAUUUGCUUGCAUUGAUACUCAUUAUGCUUACAUGGUAGGAAGGGAAUUCAAGGCGUGGCAGUGGGGCUUGUAAUGUAAUUUGUAGUCUUGAUGAUUGCAUUGCAUCUCAUUUGGAAAUUGUUCAAUAUUUGAACAAGUAUCUUUCUAAAACUCUCAUUCAAUACUAUUAUUUCUUUCAUAAUUUUCCUACUUUUGAUAUUGGAUUUUAUUGGUUCGUCCUACUUUUAAUCAACUGUGUUGUGUGUACAUGGAUAGUUUCAGCAAUAUUCACAUGGCAGUUGAAUUACAACAUGUUCACUCUUAGAGUUGCUCGAAUGAAUGAUUUUUUUCAUGAUGAAUGUACUUAAUUAUAUUUUGGCAAAAAAGUCACUGCUAUUUUGGUGACAUUGCAGAGGGCAUAAAAAUUCAUUGUGUUUCUAAGGUUGGUGGUAAUGAAAUUGCCUUGAUUGAUAUGUUUAGAAAUAAUUAAUGUCAUGAAUCCACCUUGGACAUCCAAAACUAAUCUUGGAGCUU